AUGGAGGCCGAUGGCUUGCCAGAAUACCCCUUGAGCCGUAUUGAUGAAAGCCGCGCCAGAUAUUUCGACCUCGGGAGCGGGCCAGUCUUUCCGCAAGCGGCCGCAUAUUUUGGGCAUGAAGCCGUGCCAGCAGCGCUUACAGAGCCUACGGAGACCAGCCCGCAGCUGAAUUGCAUCCCGUCGCCAGUGGACCUGACAUACGUAGAUGGCCUGCCUCCCGAAUCGAACGUCGAUACUAUUAAGCUAAGUGAUAUUCUCGGCGACCCGGCAAUCAUCGAGUGCUGGCAGUUCAACCAUCAGUUUGAUAUUGAUUUCUUGAUGCAGCAGUUUGAUCCUUUUGUGAGGGGCGUUGUCGCAGUUAAUGUCAUUUAUGGAUUGGAUGAAUCUUCGAAUCGCGACCAUAUUGAGGAAGCCUGUCUUCGUUACCCGAACGUUAAAGCCUUCGGUGUGGACUUACCAUAUUCCUCUAGCAUUCAUAAUUCGAAGAUGAUGAUUCUCAAGGAUCUUCACGAAAGCAUGCAGAUUAUUAUCCAUACAGCAAACAUGAUUCCUGGCGAUUGGAAAAAUAUGGCUCAAGCAGUAUGGAGAUCUCCACUACUUCUACCACUCUUGCCAACCGAACACUACGACUCCUCGAUUAUUGGCACCGUUGGAAGCGGACUCCGAUUUAAGAGAGACUUUCUAGCCUAUCUGAGCGCAUAUAGGGUUGGAAUUAGCCGGCCCUUAAUUGGUCUGCUAAAGAAUUAUGAUUUUCAGAGUAUUCGAGCUGCGUUAAUUGCCAGCGUCCCUACAUCAAUCAUUCGCUUCAGAGCUCGGCAGGCAGGGGUGCGAUGGGGCAUAGAGGCAAUGCGGCAUCUCAUAAGCGAAAUUCCUAUAUAUCAACAAUCGCCCUAUGAUAUAACCCCGGGGAUUGUGGCUCAGACCUCAUCCGUCACUAACUACUCCAGGACUCAAAAUUGGUUGGGGGAUAUUUUCUUUGAAUCCCUCUAUUCGUCUUCAGAAAUUAAUACCCCUAAGUUCUCUAUUGUAUAUCCUACCACUGAUGAGGUCUCCGGGUCUUUGAGGGGCCUUGCCUCCGGCAGAUGUAUCGCCAUAAAAAUAUCGUCAAUUUGCUUGGACUAUUUUAAAUCCUGCCUUUGCCGUUGGACAGGUGCCGGCAGCGAUAGGGAUAAUUUAGAUCAAAAGUCAGGUGAAACUUCGCAACCAGAUAAAGCAGACCGUUUAGCUGGUCGUCACCGGGCAACACCAAAUCUUAAUACUUACAUCCGCUUUUCAGACUCAAAACAUAUGCAAGCAAUCGACUGGGCAAUGGUAACUUCGGCAAGAUUAUCCCCUGCGGGGUGGGGGGGCCGGCGCCGUCCUUUUAUGAGUAACUGGGAGAUUGGCGUGGUUGUGUGGCCUAACCUAUUCAUUGACCAAACAGGAAAUGAUAAUGGAAGCGAAACAAAAAGUAAGGAGUAUUCGCGGAUGGUACCCUGUUUUCAGAGAAACACUCCUAGUCAAUCGGAAAUUGAGCAAUACGUACUGGAAGCGUCAUCAAAAGACGAUACGUACCAGCUCGAAUCUUGUACUCUGGUUGGAUUUCGGAUGCCCUACGACUUACCCCUCGCGCCGUAUGCUCCCAGAGAUAAACCGUGGCAGGGUGAUCCGUGUUUCCGAAAAGUGGAUCGCUCUAUCUAG